AUGGCCAACAAUCUACGUGGGAGGAGUUCCAGGGCAAUGAAAAUGGCUACCACCACCGCCUCUACUGGAGCCGUACCGUCUUCUGUCCCUGAGACUCAACCCGUCUGCUCUUCUGCCUCUUCCUCGCAGAACCAGAGUCUGUAUCUUCUUGAGAUCAUCCAGACUCCCAGCGCUAUUCCUCCCAAGCCCAAAAAAGCUACCCCAAGUCUAGCUCGAAGCGCAAGCGAGACUCCUCCGACGAGGGUGAGAAGAGGCCGAGCCCUGCUUCUCACUCCUUGUCCGAGAAAGAGGGCAAAGCGAUCGUACAGGCCCAGUGAGCUUGGAAUGCGUGCUUGGAAUGCCAAAGACGCAAACAUCGUACCGCAGUGCAUGAUCUGGACGCCGACGACCGUACGGAGCCCUGCACUGAAUGUUAUCAGAAAGGCAUACCCUGCACCAUGCGUCCAUGGACACGGCAUCUACCCCCAAGCGAUCCAAGAUGGCUACGCAAAUCUCUGCUUCACGGACACUCUCAGCAUCGGCACCAAUGAGCUUUCAGUUCGCAUGAUUCAGGACGAUGGCAUCGAGGUCAUCGAAAAAAGCCUACGCAAGACCCCUUUGCGCCGUUCCGCCCGCGCCUCUCGUCCUUCGCUCCUCCCCUUCAACGACGAGGACGAAGACCGGGACAACAAAGACUGGGACAAACAUGCAAUCGGGCUGUACGACCCUGCCCACUCUCUUUUCUCGCUGCCCACCGCCGGUCCCCUCCCCGGUUCCCCGAUCCCAGCCGCCGGUUACCUCUCCUAUUCCCCGCUCCCCGCCGCCCGUCCUGAUUCCAUGACGCCCGCACCCCACUCCCUUUCCCCUGCACCUGACACCGACGCAGGAGAAGGUUCCGCCAAGAAGAGAAAGAGGUCCGACGACGAUGCUGGUUAUGCAGAGGCGGACGCUGAGGAUUGGGGAACCGGGGAGGGAAUCGCGGGGAAAGAGAAGGUUGUAACGACUGCGGUUCAAGUCUUCUUGAUGGAGCGCAGAUUCUACUACUACCGAACCCUCAUCAUCGGGCACGGCCCUAUCUCUGCCUCGCUAUCUGUCGACCUCACCCAUCUGUUCUCCCCAAUCACUGGGCUUGAUUUAACAGAGUUGCUCCACUUGCCCUCUCUCGGGCUCCUGACCCUCGACUGCGCGAGCUGA